AUGUCAUAUACGCUUAUAUUUGACAAUGGUUGUAGCACUAUCAAAACUGGUUACAUAACCGACGAUCAACCAAAACUAUUCCCAAAUUGUAUCAUUAAGACAAAAACUGAUCGUAAAAGAAUUUUUGUGGCAGAUGAAGUUGAAGAAUGCCGUGAUCAUUCUAGCAUAUUUUUUCUUACUCCAGCUGAAAAAGGAUAUAUUGUGAACUGGGAUGUAGAACAGCAAAUAUGGGAUAGAGUAUUCGGGAAAGAUGUGCUGAAUGUUUCAUUCUCCGAUACUCGCAUUAUUAUGACCGAUACCAUUUACAAUGUUCCAGCAAUCAGGGAUUUUUCGGAUGAAAUACUUUUCGAGCAGUACGGAUUUCAUUCAGUUGUCAAAACAAGUGCCUCUUCACUUGUUGCAAUGGCUGAUACUGUCUCACAAGAAUACAAGGAUCAACUUUGUUGUAUUGUCGUGGAUACAGGUUUUUCAUUUACGCAUAUCGUGCCUUAUUAUAAUGGAAAAGUUAUUCGAGAAGGCAUUUUAAGGAUUGAUAUUGGCGGUAAAGUUUUGACUAAUUUGUUGAAAGAAUGGAUUUCAUAUAGACAGUUGAAUGUAAUGGAAGAAACAUAUGUUAUGAAUGAAUGUAAGGAAGAUAUUUGCUUUGUUGCCGAUGAUUUUGUCAGAAAUAUGGAAAUUGCUAAGCGCAGAGGAAAAGAAAAUACCAUUGUUCAGGAUUAUAUGCUUCCAGAUUUCAACAUCCAUAGUCGUGGAUUUAUUCGUACUUCUGACGAUAACGUCUGCGAUGAUCUCCAAAAGUUGAGAGUAAAUAUAGAAAGAUUUGCAGUGCCUGAAACACUUUUUUCACCGUCGGACAUUGGUAUUUCGCAGAUGGGUAUACCAGAAGCUAUUGCAACAGCUGUAAAGAAAUGCCCAUUUGGCAUGCGAGGACGAUUGUUAAACAACAUUAUUCUUUGUGGUGGUAAUGUCUUAUUCCCCGGAUUCAGUGAGCGAGUUGUUAAAGAUUUGCGGCCAUUCGUGGAUCAAAUUUAUGAUAUAAAAUUAAGAGAUGUUGCUGAUCCUAUGACGCAUGCUUGGCACUGUGGGCGAAAUGCAGCGAAACUUGGUGCUUGGGAUGAUAAGUCUGUUUUAAAACUUUAUGAAACAAUGAAUUAA